UACGGUGGUAGGUUUCUGUUACUAACUUGCUGUAACACUUGUCGCAGUGCUUUCUGUCUGCUGCAUGCCUAGACCACCAGCGUUCUGUCUGGACAGUGUCACCGGAGAAGCCUGAGCGACAUGUUCAGGGCACAGAUCUCGGCUCUGGUAUGUGGUGUUGGUGGGUUUGGAGCUCUCGUUGCUGCCACCACGUCCAAUGAGUGGAGAGUAACCACCCGAGCAUCAUCGGUGAUAACCGCCACUUGGGUUUACCAGGGGCUGUGGAUGAACUGCGCAGGUAACGCGUUGGGUUCUUUCCAGUGCCGGCCGCACUUUACUAUCUUCCAAGUACAAGGUUAUAUCCAGGCAUGUAGAGGACUUAUGAUUGCCGCUGUCAGCCUGGGCUUUUUUGGUUCCAUAAUUGCCCUGUUUGGAAUGAAGUGUACCAAAGUCGGAGGCUCAGAGAAAGCCAAAGCUAAAAUUGCUUGUUUGGCUGGGGUUGUAUUCAUACUGUCAGGGUUAUGCUCAAUGACCGGUUGUUCCUUGUAUGCAAACAAAAUCACAACGGAAUUCUUUGAUCCUCUCUUUAUUGAUCAAAAGUAUGAAUUAGGAGCCGCUCUGUUUAUUGGAUGGUCAGGAGCCUCACUCUGCAUAAUUGGUGGCAUCAUAUUUUGCUUUUCAAUAUAUGACAACAACAAAACACCCAGAAUGGGCUACGCAUACAAUGGGGCCACAUCUGUCAUGUCUUCUCGGGCAAAGUAUCACGGUGGAGAAAAUGUCAAAACCGCAAACCCCUCCAAACAGUUUGAUAAAAAUGCUUACGUCUAAAGAGCACUGCUGCAAGCUGUGUCUUGGGUUUGUUAUAAAGGUGAACCGUUCACACAAUGAUCCCAUUGGGGCUCUCCUAUAAUUAACACUCAAACUAUUUUUAAAAUAUGAAUUUUUGAAGUUGUUGAUUGUAUGGAUGUAAAUGUUCUUACAUAGUUAUAGACUAAUCAUUUUCUGUUAUGGCUUUCUAUAAAAAAAUAAACAGGUUAUUUACA